CCAACUCUACCCUUCAAGUGCAUGUCCUUUUGUGACUUUCUGAGAUCAACCUUCCUUUCUGGAACAACCAAGGCCAUGGAAAAUUUCUGGCUCUAUCAGGCAGAAAAGGAUGAGGAAGAACAAGCAAAACAGAAGGAGCAGGAUAAAGAGUGUGCUCAAAGUGAGUCCCCCUGUGCUGACUCACCUACCCCUCCAGGAGCAGAGUCAUCCAGCAGGCUUCUGUCACAGGAUGAAGUCUUCCGAGUUUCUCAAUUUCGUAAAGAGUCCAUGAAAAGGCUUGCAUCCUUUCCCACAUAUAAUGAAGUGCCUGGCCCCUGUGAUUCAGAGGACCUGAUUGAUGGGAUAAUCUUUGCAGCCAGCUCCCUUGGUUCCAUACAGCUGUUGUCAGAGAAGACACCGUCAAAGAACAUUCGUAUGAUGCAAGCACAGGAAGCAGUUAGCUGCAUCAAGGCUAAGCCUCAGCCCCUAACAGAGGUGGAUCUCUUCAUCUCCACUCAGAGAAUCAAGGUGCUCAAUGCUGACUCCCAGGAAAACAUGAUAGACUACAGUUUGCGAACCAUCUCCUACAUUGCCGAUAUUGGCAACAUUCUGGUUCUGAUGGCCAGGCGAAGGUUGCCUCACUGUGAUUCUCAGGAGAAUGUGGAGGUAUCUGACCCAAGUCAGGACAGCAAGCACCAGCAUAAGAUGAUAUGCCAUGUGUUUGAAUGUGAAAAUGCCCGGAUGAUUGCACAAUCCAUUGGCCAGGCAUUCGGUGUUGCAUACCAAGAAUUCCUAAGGGCAAAUGGGAUUAAUCCUGAAGACCUAAAUCAGAUGGAAUACAGUAAUCUGAUGAGCACUCAAGAGAUGUAUAAUGAGGACUUUGUUCAUUUCUCCAAGUCUGAAAACUGCAAAGAUGUGUUUAUAGAAAAGGCCAAGGGGGAGAUUUUGGGUGUGGUCAUUGUGGAGAGUGGAUGGGGAUCCAUUCUACCUACUGUCAUUAUUGCCAACAUGAUGCAUGCUGGACCAGCUGAGAGGUCUGGCAGAGUCAACAUAGGAGAUCAAAUCACGUCAAUCAACGGAACCAGUCUGGUUGGACUACCCCUGUCAACUUGCCAGAGUAUUAUAAAGGGACUAAAAAAUCAAUCUGGGAUCAAGUUGAACAUUAUUAGAUGUCCUCCAGUGACUACAGUUCUCAUUAGACGGCCGGAUAUUCGCUACCAACUGGGAUUCAGUGUCCAGAAUGGCAUUAUUUGUAGCCUUGUGCGUGGUGGUAUUGCUGAAAGAGGCGGUGUACGAGUGGGUCACCGCAUCAUUGAGAUCAAUAGUCAGAGUGUUGUGGCAACUCCCCAUGAAAAAAUUGUCCAAAUUCUGUCCAAAGCUGUGGGAGAGAUUCACAUGAAGACCAUGCCUGCUGCCAUGUAUCGUCUGCUGACUGCUCAGGAGCAACCUCUCUACAUUUGAUAAGCCUUUCUAACUUUAAACUCAACCCAGAAGUCAAAUCCUUUCAGUACUGCUUACUACAUACAUUUAGUUCACAUGUUAAAAAGCUUUUUUGUCGUUUGGAGGCUUAAAACAAGAAAUUAUUCAUCUGUAUUUACUACAGCUUUUGUCUUUUGGUUUGGAAAGGAUGAUUGGACUUUAUUGAAUGUAACCUUCCAGUUGCACAAAAGCCUUGAUUUGUCCUCUUUGUGAUCUGAUGUUGAUGUUUGAAGACUUUAAUUUAAAAAAAGAUUUGGUAUUAUGGUAUCCCUUUACUGUUUAGGCAACCACAACAAUUGUAGUUUAAAAAAUAAAAAGUUAUCUUGA